UCCAUUUCAAUCAAGUACUCUUCAAACAUAAAAUAAAAAUUUAACUAUCAAUAGAAUUAAAAAUAAAUCAAUCAAUUCAAUUGUAAACUUUACAAUACGAGCAUGUCGAAGAAGUCCACUUAUGGUUAUUGGCUAUUAAAUCUGUCCCAAAAACUAUUAUUAAAUCAGCAGAGAAUACCUUUUUGUAUGUAAAAAUAUUGAUGGAGUAAAUAAAUGAUGCAUGGAAAAAUUCUAUUUAAACGCAAUAAAGUGCAAGUAAAGUGGUCAGUCAUGAAUUUUCUUUCCGAAAAAUUCAAUGAAAACAUUCUAGCCAUUGUGGAAUAUGGUCAAAGUGAUAUACUUCGUCAGAGACUUUUGGAACACCUUCAACAUCUAAGAUUCUGUAAGACGGUAUUUUUGCUAAAGAAUUCUACAAGAAAUGACUUCGAGCUAAGGAACAUUUUCGAUUUCUGCUGGAAGAAUAGAAUGGUUAAUAUCGUUGCAGUUUUUCAAGAUUUCGAAAAUUCCUCGGUUUACUACAGUUACAGUAAUUUCGGACACUUUCAAAUUGAAAAAUUCAUUUGGAACAAAAAGGACUCAAAUGUUUUCCAAAAUCGAAUGCGGGACCUAAAAGGCCAUUUGCUACCAGUAAUUUUCGGAGGGUCUAAUCCAGGAAAUAUCAUUUCAGAAAAUACUAACGGUGCGAUAAUAAAAGGUGGUUAUAUGUAUCAUCUUUUCUAUGCAUUUGCAAAGAGACAUAACUCCAUAUUGAAUAUUUCGAAUGUAAAAACUUCACUUUCAAAUUACGAUAUGCAUAAUCUUGUACUUGAUGGUAGGAGUGACAUUUCAGGAGCUGGUUUUGUUCUUUUAGAAGACUCAAUUCAAUGGUUUUCAUAUCCAUACAUGCUGUUCGAUUGGAGUGUCAUGCUACCUACAGAGCCAAAUAUCCCAAUUUAUAAGGUCUUUGCUUACGUUUUUCAUUGGAAAGCUUUUGUUUUGACUAUCAUGAUGUUUAUAUUGCUUUCUGUUUCACUCGAAGUAUCGAGAAGUUUUUCAACACCACAGCGGAAAGUUUGCAUUCGAAAUCUCUUUUUCAAUAUUGAUUGCUUUCGCGGAAUACUUGGACAAUCGUUUUCCGAAACAACAAACAAUUCUUACAGUACAAAAAUCGUCUAUUCGCUGAUCUUUUUGUUGGGAAUUAUGAUUUUUACUUCAUACGAUGCAUUUCUUCAGUCCUUCAUGACAAAACCUCCAAAGGAAAAUAUGAUCAAAUCUUUCGAAGAUCUUCAAUCGUCUGGUUUGAAAACGUACAUCCAUGAAAAAUAUUGUAUUGAGUUCUUUGACAAACUAAGACCUGAUAUUAUGCAAAAGUAUUCAAAUGUAUUUGUAUGCGAAAAGAGUUUUGAAAAAGUUGCAAAAUUACAAAAUUCUUUAAACACUAAAUUUGCCUUUUUCGUUACUGACGCAAGAUGGAUUGUUUAUGAAUAUCAACAAGAAUUUUUUGGAAAAAAAUUAUUUCGUUGGUCAAAAGAAUUGUUACUUUUGAAAAAUAUGUUUGGAGCUAUUUCUAUAAAUGAAAAUUCAAUUUUUAAAAAUUCGUUAAACUUUCACAUCUUGGAAACACAAUCAAGUGGAUUGUUUGAUUUUUGGAAGAAGAGAACUUUUUAUGAAUUGCUUAGAUUUGGAAAAAUUGAAAAUUUCAAAUAUGGAUUCAAUUCGAAUUUGCGGAAAUCAAUGAAAGUUGAAGAUUUGAAAUGGAUUUGGAUUUUAAUGGGAUUGGCUUUAAUGGUUGCCAUUUUGUGUUUUGUAGCAGAAAUUUGUAUUUUUAAAUUAAAAAUUACUAAAUUGUAAAAAUAAUUUUAUUGAUCAUAAAUAAAAAUAUC